AUGUCUUUCCCCGCCUCUAUCCGGGCCUCAUCCCGCCAAGCCAUCCGUUCCAACUUCGCCCUCCCUGCCUCUACAUUCCACACCUCAUCAGCGCGAAGCUUGAACGAGAAUGAUAGACACCGUGAAGACCUACCCAACCACUACGAAUCCCACAAGCAAGAGGUCCUCAAGGGAACCCAAGAUGGAAAGGGAAAGUGGAAGGCUGAGCUGGCGAGCACUAGCGAGCAGAAUGUGAGAGCGGAUCGGGGUGAAUAUGAUGGCGAACAUCCCAGUUUCGAGGCCAUGCAGCAGAAGACGAAACAUUUGCCUUAUGAGACUCACAAGCGAUCCGGAAAUAAAUAA